AUGGCAAGAAAAAGUUUGAUUCAGAGGGAGAAGAAAAGGCAGAAAUUGGAACAAAAAUAUCAUUUGAUUCGUCGAUCCUCAAAAAAAAAAAUAAGCAAAGUUUCAUCAUUGAGUGAAAAAUGGGAAAUUCAUGUAAAAUUGCAAUCCCCACCACGUAAUAGCGCACCUACACGUCUCCAUCGGCGUUGUUUUUUGACUGGAAGACCUAGAGCUAACCAUCGAGACUUUGGGAUAUCCGGACACAUACUUCGGGAAAUGUUUCAUACAUGUUUAUUACCGGGCGCAAUAAGAUCAAGUUGGUAA